GUACCAAUGGUCACAAGGCUCAACGAGAUUACAGGAAUAGGCCAAGCUAACAGUCAAUCUCUACUUGGAAUUAUUUUGUAUGGUAAACCGAAUGUCACUAAUGUACAGACUGGUGUACAGAUUGGUGUACAGACAACGUAUCAAGAAGUGGUUGAUGCAGUGAACAUGAAUAUAGAUUAUAGAUUUGAUCUUGGUAAAAAUACAAGGACGGAUCUGGCUCUUCUCGAGGCUUUGAAACAGCUUCUUACCUUAGGAAGACCAAACAGAAAGAAGUGCAUCAUAAUUUGCACCGAUGGGGCGACAUUUCCUGCUAUACACUCUGCUACCACAAAACAAUAUGCACAGCUUGCUGCUGACUAUGGUAUCCCUGUAAUUGUGUGCACAAUACCAAAUGCUUUUCUGGGAACACCAGAAGGCUCAACAACUUUGAAUCAAAUGGAAGAAGAGAUAGCUCACCUGUCUAGGUUCAUGCCCUCUCGAGUGUACAGACCCCAAGACACCAGUCAGUUAAUUUCUACUCUAAUUAGCAUCCUGGACAACAUUUUCUUUAACAACGACCCCAAUCGCCAGCUUGGUGUCACAGACUGUGUAAUACCACCUACAGGAUGUGUAUGUGGAAAUGAUGGAUAUGAGUUUGUUUCUGAUAACUGCUACAGAUGUAACCCUCCACGUCCAGCUGGUUGUUUCAAGAUUCAUUAUGGUUCCUACAGUUGGGAAUAUGCUGAAUUAAUCUGCCAGUCUGAAGGAGCUCAUCUUGCAUCAUGGAAUGAUGACAAUUGUUUGGACGAUAUCAAGUCAUAUAUAGGAUCGAAGGGUUAUGUUGAUAAUCAAUACUUCUGGACAUGUGCAUCUGAACCUGCAUAUUUCUUCUCAUGUGACCCUACUUGCCUUGGCUAUGUUCCUGGACCAGUGGAAGUCGGCUCAAGCUCGAGUGCUUUCAGCAGCAGUGAUGAUACUUCUAGCAGUGAUGAUAGUUCUAGCAGUGGAUGUAAUACUGAUAGCAGCAGUAGCAGUAGCGAUAGCAGUAGUGAAGAAAGUGAUGGUUGUGGUCCCUUUUGCUACACAUUGAAGAGUGUUUAUAAUGUGGUAGGUUAUAAGA